AUGGUUGGUGAGGAUCUAUCUGCCUUCUCUGCACACUACCUUGGCGGCAUGCUAUGGCAAGGACGGAAAAUUGCUGCGACUUCACCACGCAAGAAGCGCAAGCGCUCCGGGGACGUGCUGGCCAGUGCCAAGGACGCUGAGGCAGCGGUAGAACGCGCGGAGUUCAAGGUCGUCAUCCAUGAUUUUUCGGCUGGUGCUGUCGACAUGUUCUUGCGUUUCCUGUUUACCGGGAGUGUCCAGGGCUCUGCGAGCGCUUUGCUGGAGGUGGCUGCGUUGGCAGACAAGUACCAGGUCAAGCCAUUGCAUGACCUGUGCAUGAGGCUGGUUAGGGAGGCCCUCACAGCUGUCACAGCCUGUGAAGUCUUCGCUUCCACAGACCGGUUCCACAUGGAUGACUUGCGAGCAGAGGCGGACGCCAUCAAGGAGAUUCUCCGGAGCUGGCGAGUCAAGGGCGGCGAGUGCCUGGAAUCGAAGAUCAACAUCCAAACAGAGAGUCUGCAAACGACUAAUGUGCAAGGUGAACUCUACUAUCGCUACCAAUGGGCCGGCAGUAAGGGCGCUUUCGUGGGCGGCUGGGUGGUAGUGAUCCUGGGCCUGGAGCAGAGAGAGGCCUACACCACGGCAGUUCUCGAGAAUAUGGCCUCCAAUAGUCUGCGGUACAAUGGAAAGAAUUUCGUUGCACCCCCCCCCCCACUUUCCGCAAAGGGUGGGUGCAGUGGCUGCUUCCCCAUGCCUAGGUUUAUCUUCAGGGCUUCUACUUGGAGUUGCAUUCCAAGGGGUAUAUAUCGGCCGCGGCAUCCUUCCGACGACCUUUACGAAAACUAUGUACCGUCCUCGGCAUCUUUCCGGAUCUGGACUUCCGAAGACGGAGCGACCUGGCACCUCGCCUACGAGUCGAAGAAGGAGAUCCAACUCGGCAGUUUCCUGCCUUGCAAGAGACCUCCGGGUUUGGUGAAGUGUUUCAAGCUGGAGGUCCUGGAGGGUGAACUU